AUGUUGACCUCCUCUCUUCUCCUCCUCCUCCAGCUCGCGGCGUCGGCGUGGGCCCAUCCGGCCGGCCACGAGGAGCAUGUGCCGCAGCCGCUGGAGCGGCGCAACCUGGACCACUGCGACGCGGCGUUCAACGACCCCGCGUUUGUGGCGCGGACGGUCGAGAGCCACGGCCGCGAGUACGCGCGGCUGCGGCGGGCGCUGGGGCUGGCGGCGCCGGAGCCGGCCGACCUGGCGGCGGCGGUGCUGAAGAAGGCGAAGCGCGGGCCGCUGGACAAGCGCAACUACAUUUCCGUGUCCAAGGUCGACCACAAGAGCAACAAGACGGUGACGGCGGCGACGGACCCGGUGUCGCUCUUCAGCGACGCGGGCGCGUGCAUCCUGAUGCCGUCGGUGGACCAGGGCCCGCUGUACGUCAAGGGCGAGCAGGUGCGCAAGGACAUCACGGAGGGCGAGGCCGGCAUCAAGCUGACGCUCGUCGUCCAGGUGGUGGACUACAAGACGUGCAAGGCGGUGCCGGACGCGUACGUCGACAUCUGGAGCUCCAACUCGACGGGCGUCUACGUCGGCGUGCAGGGCUACCCGGGCAUGGGCGACCCCAAGGACGCGUCGAUUCUCAAGGGCACCGCCCUGCGCGGCCUCCAGCUGACCGACGACCACGGCGUCGUGUCCUUUGACUCGGUCGUCCCCGGCCACUACGCCGGCCGCGCCACCCACAUCCACACCAUUGUCUACCUCGGCGCCACCAAGCAGCCCAACAACACCAUCACCGGCGGCAAGGCCGCGCACGUCGGCCAGCUCUACUUUGACCAGCCGCUGCUGACGCAGGUCAACAAGGUCCAGCCCUACGAGACCAACACCAUGGCCAUCCUCGCCAACACGGCCGACUUCUUGUUCCAGCAGGGCGCCAACGGCGACGACCCCAUUGUGCGCUACGCCCUCGUCGGCGACAAGCUCGAGGACGGCAUGGUCGCCUGGAUCCGCUACGGCAUCAACACCGCCAACAACCUGGCCGUCAGCCCGGCCGCCUUCAUGACCCCCUCGGGCGGCGUCAUGAACCCGGACGGCCCCGUGGCGAAGAUGAACCAGGGCGGCGGCUUCUUCGGCGGCUUUGGCGGCUUUGGCGGCGGCGGCGGCUUCGGCGGUGGAUGGGGCUUUGGCGGCGCCAACACGGGCAAGACGGCCAAGACGACCAAGACGAAGCGGUUCCGGGCUCUGCGGGACGCCAUUGGCAUGUGA